AUGCCUCCGAGUCCACGCAGUGUUGAAAGGCCCGAAGGCGAGCAGCAACGAGGUGGCGAGCACAUGGCUACACGCACGAUCACGCACCCGCGCGGCCCCGAGGACGAGACGCUAUGGGACGAGGGACGUCAUCUGUUGCGCAUGGACCCGUGUCUCAUGAUGGAGUCGCAAGACGUGGCAGUAGCGUCUUUGAGGUCUUCACAGAAGCACCGACGACAUCAGCAGCGCACGGCGAGCGGCCGCUUGUGUCCGCGCACGAAGAGCACGGGGUACAAGAAGGGACCACGUGCGGUGGACUGGAAGCGGCAAGGGACGGCACGACAGGAUGCGUCGCGGUACGACGAGAAGGUUGAGGUGUCGGGGCCGGAGGAUGAUGUGUCGGGGCCGGAGGAUGAUGUGUCGCGGUUGUAG